AUGAAUAAAAUUAUUAAAGAUGUUAUUGUAAUAGGAGCAGGUAUAUCUGGUUUAUCUGCUGCUCAUGCUCUUGUAUAAAAAGGACUUAAUGUUGCCAUACUAGAAGCUAAGAGUACUUUCGGAGGAAGAAUUUCUAAGAACUCUUAAUUUGCUGAUUUUCCAAUUGAAACUGGAGCUGAGGAAAUUCAUCUUAAAGAAAGUGCCUAUUUUUAGCUUGCUGAAAGCGUUGGAGCUAUAAUUCAAAGCGAUGAUUAAGUGAAUAACUAUAUUGAAAGUCCUGAUGAAGAAGUAUUAUUAGAAAGAGAUCAUUUCUUUGAGAAUUCUGGUAGGGAAGAAUUCUAUCAAAUGGUUAUGAAGAAUCGUAAGCAACUGAAUGAAAAUAUGUCUGUACUAGAAUAUUUAGAACAACAAAAAGUAGAAUAAAAAUAUUUCAAAUUUUAUGAAAAUUUUUGGGGUGCUGAAAAUGGAACUUCUAUAAAAAAUAUAUCUAUUAAAGGAUUAGCAGACUAUGAGAGUGGGUGGAAGAGUGACCAUGAUGUAAAUUAUCUCAUUACAAAUAUGUCUCACUUUGAUGUAAUUGAAAAGGCUUAUGCCUCUAUUUUACACUUGAUACAAUACAAUACUCCAGUAAAGAGUAUACAUUAUGGCUCUGAUAUUUAAAGUUUGGAUAAAUAAAAUAAUUCAGAAAAUUAUUCUGUUUAAAUUACUGAUAAAAAUGGUAGAAUAUUUUAUUCUAAAUACGCUUUGAUUACAGUUCCAGUAACAUAAUUAAAAUAAGGUAAAAUAGAAUUUUAUCCUCCUCUACCAGAAAAAAAAUAGCAUGCAAUAUAAAGUUUGUAAUUAGGGAAGGGAGGAAAACUCCACUUAAGCUUCAAAGAAAAAUUUUGGCCAAAUAAAUUUGGUUCUAUGAUAUUGUAAUCCUCAAUCGGUAUGGUAUGGAGUUGCUCAGAUUUAAGAAGUGAGUAAUCUCAUGUCUUAUGUUGUUUAAUUACUGAGCCCGUUGCUUUAGAUAUGAAUGAUCCCAUAAAAUAAAAAUAACUAAUAGCUGAACUGCUCUAAAAGCUAUCAAGAAUCUUUAAAAGAGAUGAUAUAGAAAGCUUGCUUAACAAUACUCACUGGAUUGAAUACUCAUAAAUAGAGUAUAUUGAAGGUAAUUAUACUUAUCCUUCUUUAAAUAUGGGUAACUCAAAAGAAAUACUAUCUCAAAGUGUUGAUAAUAAAUUAUUCUUUGCAGGAGAAUCAACAAAUCCAAGAUACUCAUCUACCAUACAUGGAGCUCUUGAAACAGGAUUAAGAGAGGCAGCUAAAAUCAUUGAUAUUUAAGAAGAACAAAUUGAUUAACUAUAAAUUUAAAAUUGA